UCUUUCUUUCUCUCUCUGGUGCUAUUUCGAUCGAUCGAGCGUUCUUGCGCUCUCGAUUUCAUGCUGUGUCUAUCGAUUGUUCGCGAUAGAGGCGUCUCAUCGAGCCUGCUCCUCCUGCUGCGAUCUUACGAGGGUUUUGUGAGGGUUUCCGAGAUUGUUUUCGAGUAGUACUUCACUUCCAGGUGAGAGAUCCCAUGGAGAUUGUGGCAUUCGACGCGCUAGGCGGCUGCAAUCGACCGGCGCAGUAGCCCGGGCUGGACAGGAAUUCCGUGAAUCCACGAAGACGGAGCAGCAGUACCGGCGUCGGGGCUCCGGAUCGCCGAAAUUCUCUUUGCUCAUGGCACAGGUCGGGCCGAGGUCUUGGAACCGUGACCGUGUUCACGCCGAGAACAAGAAUGCGAGCGAAGAAAAUCGCGAGUAGGCGUCAGAGAAAUCCAAGGUAGGCUCGUGAUAUUGCGGCUCAUCCUAUCUUUUUCCUACGCCCGGGGCUCUCGGAUCGCAUCGCGCGCCUCUCCAUCUCCAUGGUGGAGUCUUCUCGCCAGAAAGCCAGAAGAAUGCGAGCUCCCAAGAGCAAGAUCUAGGGGGAGGCACUGCAAUCUCCGCGCGUAUCCCCUGCUGAGAAGAAAAUUCCGGUGUGGAGGCUUGGAGAUUUGCGAAGGUUUCGAGCAAGCCAGCCAUGGGAGGCCCAUCGACGAACAAUGUGGACGUGGGAUUUCCCUUUGUAGACUCGUCCGGCUUGGGUAUGACGUACGCAGGCUUCUCCAAGCUCAAGCAGGAGCUCCCUGCUAGUCUCGUCACUGCCGCGGGCCACUCGAGCUCUCGUCCGCCAUGGACGAUACCUCCUCUCGGCCCUGGCUGUACAGCAGCGCAAGCCACUUCCACCGCCGCAUUCCCAGAGCUCGCGGUAGCAUCGUCGCAGCACGGCCAGUUCGUCACAAAGCAGGAUCACGUCUCCUCUCUACUGCACGCUAGCGGUGGCGGUGGCGGUGGUGGUUCUUCCGCUCCUGGCCGCUUCCACGAUCUACACGGCUCCUCCUCGCCCUUCUCGACACUCCCUUACGAUCUCUACAAGUCUGGGGCGCUGGCUUCCUCCUCGUCGAGCGGCUAUGGAGUGGGGUUGAGCUACAAGGACCGUGGCAGGCACCACUACCCUCUGCAGUACAAUGGGGGGUCCCUUGUUCUGGAUCACAACCGGAGCGAGCUUAUCAAUCUGUCGAAGAUGACCCCGCAAGAGAUAAUUGAUGCAAAGGCGCUGGCAGCAUCCAAGAGCCACAGCGAAGCGGAGCGAAGGAGACGUGAGCGAAUAAACAACCAUCUCAACACUUUGCGGGGCCUUCUCCCGAGCACCACCAAGACAGACAAAGCGUCGCUGCUGGCCGAGGUGAUCGAGCACGUCAAAGAUCUCAAGCGACAGGCCGCGGAGAUUGCCGAGGGCGGGCCGGUCCCGACGGACGUAGACGAGCUCAAGGUGGACACGGACGCGUCCAGCAGCGAUGGCAACUUCGUGCUCAAGGCGUCGCUGUGCUGCGAGGACCGCCCCGACCUCCUCUCGGAUCUCACCAAGGCGCUGCGGACGCUCAAGCUCAGGACGCUCAAGGCCGAGAUCGCGACGCUGGGUGGGCGCGUCAAGAAUGUGAUCCUCAUCGGCAAGGACCACAGCGACGAACAAGGCGGCGCCGCCAUGGAAUCCAGCAGUGAUGGGACCGGCGACCGGCCGAGCGUGAGCUGCGUCCAAGAGGCACUGAGGGCAGUGAUCGAGCGAUCUAGCGAGCUCUCGACGUCGGCCUACGGCUCUAGCAAGCGCCAGAAGAUGGGCUCAUCCUCCUCGUCCUACUAAAUAACGGUGAUCGAUCCGAGCUCUAUAGAUCUCUCUCGAGACAAAGGUAUGUUUCGUGUUCGUUGCUUCCGUUGUCUUCUGGUGUGAUCGUGUAUCUCCUUGUUAUUCUCUUCCCUUUCUUUCUUUGCUUUUCUUUCGUCCUGGCUCCUCUCCUUCCUUUUGGUUUUGUAUUGGUUUGUGGUGUUUUGUGUUGGUAUUUGAAUAAGCGUUUCUGGGUAUAUGCGUGGCAUUCCAUCAUGGUUGCCAGCACUGCUUUAUUCUUUUUUUGUUUUUCUCUAAAAAGAUGAAGUUGACUA